AUGACAGCAGCGAGGCUCAAACGCGGCAUCUCACACGUGAACGCGGAGGAGGACUCCCUGACAAAACGAAAGCGACUCACGAGGUCGACCUUCGGCUCUACACACGACAUACCGAUAGUGCUAGACUCCUCCUCGUCCGACUCGGAGUCGAGUUUGGACGAGCUGGAAAAGCUGGAACAGGUGCUGGCGCAAGGUAGAGUCGUAGCAGCAGCCGCCGCCGCAAAGAAGAAAGGUAUCCGCGGGUCCGCCAAAACAGAGCCUGCGGCAGAGCGAAAUGGAGCACAAGCAGACAGGAGCGACGAGGUAAAAAGCAUCAGACAGCGAAAACACGAGAAACUGGCGCACGCAGCGCACACAGCGCACACAGCGCACACAAAAGAUGCACCAGCAGCGCUACCGAAAAACGAAAUCACAGCGAAAAAAACAACGGUCGACGCAGAUGACAGGGAAAAAGGCAAAGAGAAGCAAGAUCUACACGAUGCGAAGACAGAGGGCGUAGUAGAAACGCUCGCCGCAUCGACUCCUCCCUCAUCGUCUUCACAUACAUCUACGCGUGCUUCCCAAUCUCCGUCCUCAUCCUCGACUGAUCCCGCCUUGAAUUUGGAUUUAAGGCCGCGACUGAAACCUGCCCUGAAAUCUGCGCUAAAAUCACCAUCUAAGCAUGGUUCUCCUCAAAAGCCAGCCAAAAGAGUAACAAUAGACACGACAUCGACCAGAAUUUCCUCCUCCAUUUCAACCCCGAUUAGGAGACUGAAAAUCUCAUUGCCCAAUAGUUCCGGUAAUAGUUCCGACAAUGCUCUUGUCGCGAACACCCAGCUAAAAAACGCUAAAAAUCAAGCCUCAGACAAUGGCUCCACAGCCACCGCUGUCGUAGCCAAACUCGAUCCGAAAAAUCAAAAGCCUUACAGGGAUACCUACUCAAUAUGCUGUAUCUCAUGUUCGAAAAAAAACAGAAGUGAGUAUUGCAAUAAGCAAAAGCCUUGUGACAUAUGUACGGGAAAAAAGCUGAAAAACUGUCAAUACCCGACAGAUGCUACGGUAGCGAUUCCAGCUGUGAGAAAAAGUGCAAAGCCGCACCACGCCAGAUCUCCUGCUUCGCCGGUGAAGGCUGCACAAUUGAACAACGCUUCCGUUGACAAAAAGCAAAUUAGUACUGUUGUGACACAACCGCUUGCUGCUUCCCAAACAAAGAAGAAAGAUGUCGGAGUAGACUCCUCCCGUAACUCAAAGAGUACCGAUCAUGCUCUAUUGCCCAAAAAAGUUGAAGUGGAAGCAAAUUUUAAUUUGGCACCCACAGAUAGCCCAAAUUCUGAAUCCUCUGAGUCUUGCGUGGAUGAUUCCAAAUCCAAGCUCAGGGUAGGAACUUCGGAACUGAAGAACUUGAAAGUCAAUGUAAAUUCUCCUCCAAUCAGUAGACCGGGUACAGCAUCGCAAGGUUCUACCGUGGAGGAAACGUCCUCCUGGAAAAGUAGUGGUGGGGAUGCUAGGGCGAAGAGCCGGAAAAAGCAAAGAGUUAUACCCAGCUCUGAAGAUGAGGAUAUAGAUAGUAUGGCAGACUAUGAGGAUAACAGCUCAGCAAAUCUCAGCUCCCAUGACGAUAGUGAUGACUAUAGUCGUCUGGAUGAUGAUAGUGAUGUAGAUAUUGAUGAUGAUGACGAUGAUGAUGAUGAUGAUGACGAUGAUGAUGAUGGCAAAGCGGCAAGAAAGAAAGGAAACGUAGACGCGAAGAGAAGGAAAAGCCGAAAGAGAUCCACCACCCCUCAGGAUAACUUUAGCAGAGCGCAGAAAAUUCUCAAAACUCUUGAGUUUGAGAAGAGAGACAUUGGUGACAUUUACGUUCCAACUACCAGGAGAAAAAGAAACGCUACGAAAGAGAACUACUAUAUUCCUAGCGACCAGGAAGACAAUGGUAAUGAUGUUGAAGGUAACGGGUAUGCCGCUGCUGAAGCAAGAAAUGAACAGCUAAUCCUUAGCGAGGACGAACAGGAGAGAAGAAUUCUCAGAGGUGAGAUUGGACUGGAUUACAUCAAAAGUAUGCGUAACGAAAGAGAAAAGUACAAUCAUUAUUCCAGCGAUAGUCUAAGCAGCAGUGAUGCAGAGUAG